UGGUAAUAUCGAGGAUGAGAGUGAGGUGGGACUGUAACAGAGAGCGGGUCAUGCCUUGGUCGCUCUUCCUGGCCUUCCUCCUGGUCCUCUGCCCCCAGGGCCUGUCCAUCCAUGCUGAGAGAGCCGAGAGUCACAGUACCUUUACCUGUGAGCCUAUAGGACUGCGGAUGUGCCAGGACCUGCCUUACAAUGCCACCUUCAUGCCCAACCUUCUCAACCACUACGAUCAGCAGACUGCCGCACUCGCUAUGGAGCCCUUUCAUCCCAUGGUGAACCUGCAGUGUUCAGAGGACUUGAGGAUGUUCCUGUGUGCUCUGUACACUCCGGUCUGUAUGGAGUACGGCCGUGUGACCAUGCCCUGUCGAGCCCUCUGCCACCGCGCCAAAAGCGACUGCCACAAACUCAUGGAAAUGUUCGGAGUCACCUGGCCUGAUGAAAUAGAGUGUAGCAGGUUCCCAGACUGUGACGAGCCCUACCCCCGUGCUGUGGACCUCCAGACCAGUUCAGACCCCACAGACAUCUCUCCCAUGUCCGUCCACAAGGACUAUGGCUUCUGGUGCCCUCGCGAGCUCAAAAUAGAGCCCGAUAUGGGCUACUCAUUCCUGGGCACACGCGACUGCUCACCCCCCUGCCCCAAUAUGUACUUCCAGCGCCCGGAGCUCAGCUUCGCCCGCUACUUCAUCGGCGUUGUGUCAAUAGUCUGCCUCUCGGCGACACUCUUCACAUUCCUCACGUUUCUUAUCGAUGUCACGAGGUUCCGCUACCCUGAGCGGCCAAUAAUCUUCUACGCUGUGUGCUACAUGAUGGUGUCGCUGGUCUUCUUCCUGGGCUUCCUAUUGGAGGACAGGGUGGCGUGCAACGCCUCGAGCCCCGCCCAGUACCGCGCGGCCACCAUCACGCAGGGCUCCCACAACAAGGUGUGCACGUUGUUUUUCAUGGUGCUCUACUUCUUCACCAUGUCGGGCAGCGUGUGGUGGGUCAUCCUCACCAUCACCUGGUUCCUGGCGGCCGUGCCCAAGUGGGGCAGCGAGGCCAUCGAGAAGAAGGCCCUGCUGUUCCACGCCUGUGCCUGGGGCCUCCCCGGCUGCCUCACCGUGACCCUGCUGGCCCUUAACAAGAUCGAGGGCGACGGCGUGAGCGGCGUGUGCUUCGUGGGCCUUUACGACGUCACGGCACUCCGCUGGUUCCUGCUGGCGCCGCUCUGCCUCAACGUGGCGGUUGGCGUGUCCCUGCUUCUGGUGGGCAUCGUGGCGCUGAACCGCGUGCGUAUGGAGAUCCCCCUGGAGAAGGAGAACCAGGACAAGCUGGUGAAGUUCAUGAUCCGCAUCGGGGUGUUCUCUGUGCUCUACCUGGUCCCCCUGCUGACGGUCAUCUCCUGCUACCUGUACGAGCACAGCUACCGGUCAGUCUGGGAGACCACCUGGGUCCAGGAGCGCUGCAGGGAGUACCACAUCCCCUGUCCUUACCAAGUGGAGCAGACCAGUCGUCCAGACCUGGCCCUGUUCCUCAUUAAGUACCUGAUGAUGUUGGUGAUGGGGAUUCCCUCAGUCUUCUGGGUGGGCAGCAAGAAGACCUGUUUUGAAUGGGCCGGCUUCCUCCAGGGUCGCCGACGCAAAGAUAGUGGGGUAAAUGAGAGCAGACAGGUGCUCCAAGAGCCAGACUUUGCACAGGCACUACUGAGGGACCCCCACACCCCCAUCAUCAGAAAAUCACGGGGAACCUCCACUCAGGGCACAUCCACACACGCCUCCUCCACACACCUGGCCAUCCUGGAUGAGCCUGACAACCCUAGACACGCCCCUGACGACAGUGGACCAAUCCCAUCGCUGGGCCACGCCUCCUCCACCCGCAGCAAGGCUGGCAGUAUGCAUAGCAAGACUAGUUACCAUGGCAGCCUGCAUCGCUCCCGAGAUGGACGCCACACCCCCUGUAGUUACAGAGGCGCAGAGGAGCGCAGUACGCACCUCCAUGGUAGCAUGCCCCGCCUCGACCAUCCACUGUCCACUCACAGCAGCCUGCAUCGGCUGGACACACCUCCUCGGCAUAGCAGCCAGCGGGAUCUUUCCGUGGGCCCAAGCACCCUUACCACACAGGGUAUGAGUGACAGCCACGCCACUAACCAUGACGACAACGAUGGAGCUAGCGCUUGACUGGGAAACAAAAAAUGACUGGAGGCUGCCAGUUGUCACGCCUUUUGAUGGACCCAUAAUACCACUCGUUGAAAAUGAGGGGGUGAGACAGCCUUUCACAGAGGUUGCUGACUAGCGAGUUGCUAAUUGUUCUACCCUCAGUCGGUGGGUUGGCCUUUGACUGGGCUCCUUAAGGAGGAGAAGGCUACAGAGACAGAGAAAGCCCACCGAGGAUGACGGGAUUGUGUGUGUGUGUGUGUGUAGACAGAUGCACACAGAAAUACUCUUGAGAUGAGAUAUUAAUGCCUGUGUGUUACGGUGCUCUGUGAAAUGAGACUCUUGUUACUUUUUUAUACUGUGAAGACUGAUUGUGAAUACUGCUGAAAUUAUUUUUGUUCAUGUGCGUGGCGCGUGCUUACUUGUGCGUGUGUACAUUCAGUACGGUACAUUAAACUGAACUAUACUCCCACCUGGUGCAUAAAAAGUAUAGAAGUGUAUGAGUAACUAAAUGCGUUAUAAGAGAAAAGCCUUUACUUAUUUAGACAAAAGUCCCUCUUUGGUUAUUGGUAACUAAUAAGUGGUUGAAUGUUCAAAGUAAAUUAGUAGGAUGUGUCCCGUCAUUAAUUGCCAUGUUUCAUCGAGGAUACUCAUUAACAUCAUCACAUGGAAGAGUUAAUGGAAAAUUCUGCCACACGAUGCUUCAGUCAGCUUUUGUUUUGUCAGAGGAGGAAAGCAUAUUUCAAAACAAUAUGCAACUCAUCUUUUUAUCUAUAAAUUGUCUUGCACUAACUUGCUUUUGAAUUACUUUCCACAUGUAUUUUGGCUUUCAUCUCUGGUAAGGUAAUUUGCUUGAUGAUGCACAUGGGGGAAAGGGCUGCUGUCAUUUUGUUGUCCACAUUUACUAUGGGCAACCUUUUCUUUAUUACCUUUGAACCUUUUAAAAAGGAGAGAAGAGAUGAUAUAAGAAAAGCCUGAAUUCAACCCCAGGCCUAAUCCCCUAAACAAUUUAGGUCUGAAAGGAUUGUAACUGACUAAAUUAAAUGUUAAUUCAUACUCCUUAACUUUAGAUAGAAUACAUUUAUUAUAAUUAUUUUGCUUAAGCACUGCUUAAUUGUUGCCAGGAGUUGAUUUGUGUUUGAGAAAGUGAGGGAACGAUAGACAGGAAUGGGAAAAUGGAGGUAGUGUUUUACUGCUUCAGAUUUAAUCAGAGGAAUAUGGGGAUUUUUUUGAAGGAGGGUGGGAAAGGGGUUUACUGUAUAUAAAGUAUUUACUAUUAACAAAGAGCUGUGUAAAACGACAGAGCACCUGUACCUUAAACAAUGCAAGACAGAAUUACUGGUAGAAUACACCGAGGGAGGAGCUGCUGGAGAAAAGAAGAUGGAGCUUUGAUCCUGUGUUCUACUUUCGUCUCUCUCUGUCUUUGUUCAUCUGUUCUUCACUCGUGCACAUAGAACCGCGUGGUGUUACAGUGCUCAUUACCAUUGGAUGGUCUUCACCUUAGCCUACCUCACCCCAAGCCCUAGCCUUACAUGUGAACUCACUCAAACACGCACCACAAUUUACACUGAACCCACCCUUGCCUCCAACCCAGCCUACCUCACCAGUCAAAAGGAUCCUUUACACCUGCCUCACCCCAGUCACUUCAGACUGCUGCUCCUCCUACUUUAUAUUUCACUGUGUGUGUGUGUGUGUGUGUGUGUGUGUGUACAGACACUGUCGAUAUGCUCCUGAGUUCUCCUUUGGUGUUUUUCUGCCGGAUGCUAAACACCCAUGAUGCUUCACCACACCACGUUGCUCCUAAGAAAUGUGUACGCUGGAUGCCUGGAGAUGUGCUUCUGUCUCCCUGUGUCAUGUCUUUUAUUCUGUUGUGUGUUACGGACCGAAAUGUCCAUCAGGGAUCGGUUUUGUGAAAUACGUUUGAAAAAAAUAUGCAAUGCGCUUGUGAGGGUUCCAGCUGUCGUACCUUAAUAUAACCACAUGGUGUUUGGUUUCUGCCUGUUGGGACAGUGCCUGCGUGUUUAAAGGUGGACAGAAGUGUUUUGUAUGUUGUGUUCCAAACCCCAAAUAGCUGUGUUCUGUGCCUGCCAGUGUAAGUAUUCUUAACCUCCCAGUUGCCUCCUAACUCAUUCAGUUACUUGCCUUCUGUCUCUAAAGUUCUCCUACUUACUCUCGAGGUAUGCUGUCUUCAAUGAUUGGCAACAAUUUAUGUCACUUAGGUCAAAAGCAAAUAAAGCCCACUCAAGAACAUACAGCAUUCCAAGACUAAGGUUACCAACUCCUGCACUAUGGCUUACUCUGUUUUGGGGAUGAUGGACAACCUAUAUCUACUCCAUUUUGCUACUUUGCUUUCUCUGUGCAUAUCAAAGCUUUCCUAUAAAAGAAGAAAAUAAAAGAUUGAGCACUUUAACUAUGUGGCUAGCUCUGUCUGAAUGUGUAUAGACGUUAAGUUGACUUGAUGAGUAAUCCAAGAAUAUUAAGAAUUCAA